AUGCCCGGCUCCUCUCUCUGGCUCCUUCCCCCCGACUCUCACCCCCUCCACCGCAUCCUCACAACCCUCAUCACAUCAACCCUCCCGUCCACCUUCCCCCGCGAAGCAUCCGCCACCUCGCCGGGCGCGGGCGUGGCGCCGCACUAUUUCCCGGCUCAUGUGACGCUCACGAGCGGCAUCGAACCCGAUACGACAUACGGCGACGAGCCGCAGCGCUGGCUGGAUGCGAUCCCUUUUCCUAUAAGGUCUGAAAAGGUUAGGGUCCGGUUCGAGAGGGUUGUCAGCCAGGAUGUGUUCUUCCGUCGGUGUUUUGUGAGGGUUGCGUUUGACGGGGUGAGGGAGGUCGCUGGAGUGGCGAGGGCGGUUGGCGUUCUGGGGGAGCAGGUGAAUGUUGAUGGGGAGGGGGAGGUCAGGUGGGGUGAGGGUACGCAGAAGUGGCUGAGCGAAUGGCGUGAAGAGUUUGGGCCGCACUUGAGCUUGAUGUACGGUGAUGAGCCCAUUGCCGAUGAGGCGUUGAAGCAGAUCACCAAGGUGGUGAGGGAGGCCGGGGUCAAGCUAUCCGAGGAGAUUACCGAGAACAUUCAGGGAACUAGUGGAUGGGACGGAUGGGAUGGCGGAGUUAUCUGGCUGGUGCCGACCGACAAGCCUAUUUCAGAGUGGGGGAAGCCUAUUGCGACGAGGCAGCUCUAG